AUGGCUGCAGUUAAGCCCCAUAGUCUGCAUAGCCCGGGACCGGUCCACCCUCCCAAAAUCGAGAAAAAGGCCAUCAAACCCUCGAUCGCGAGACAUGUCAACAUCCGCGUCAAGGAUCCGCUCGAUCAUGACGCACCGGCCAUUCUACACGAACCUCGCAGCUACAACGUCACCGAGGCGAAGGAGUGGGCGGUAGCCUUUGCUUCACCAAAACUGAGUCCGCGACCGCGGCUCUUGCUGCAUGGGACCGAUGAUAUGGUGCUCUCGCCGACGUGCUCGGAGACUCUGUACAGGGAGUAUGGAAAUAACGGUCCGAGAGAGUUGAAGCUGCUCCCCGGGGAUGAUCAUGGACUCACGAAGCAUGCGCCUGAAGUGGGAAGGAUGAUCUUUGAGUUUGCCGCUAAGACGCUUGGCUUUGAGAAGUUGUUGGAUCAGUCAACCCUGGACCAAGCGGGAGAGGAUCUGGUUGAGAGUCGGGAUGAGAGGAUUAGAGAGAUGGGUGAAGGGCAUGAUCUCGAGGGUGGCGAGCGACUGUGA